ACAGUCACAGAGCUGCAUAGUAUUCUCAAUCAUUCUCUCUCACCCUUCAAAACACCAACACCUAAUAAUUUCUCACUUCUCUUACCAUGACUUCUCUUGUUCAUACGGUGAAUUCUCUGCCGGAAACUAACACUGAAACCACUGACAUUGCUCAUGACUUCCCUCCAUUCAUGACCGUGUACAAAAAUGGAACCAUUAAGAGGAACGUUGGCAGCCCAUUUAUGCCUACCCCGGAAAAUCUAAACGGCGUCAGAACAAAAGAUGUGGUGGUUUCAUCUCAUCCCAAAGUUACUGCUCGUAUUUUCUUGCCGGAGUCUUUGACACCGGGAGAGAAACUCCCGGUGAUACUGUAUAUUCAUGGUGGCGGAUUCUGCGUAGAAUCCGCCUUAUCCUAUUUUUACACUCCUUAUGCUGCGUCAUUUUCUUCGAAUUGCAAUGCGGUUGUUGUUUCCGUUGACUACCGACUCGCCCCGGAACAUAAAAUUCCAGCCUGUUAUGAUGAUUCAUGGGAAGCCUUGAAAUGGGUUGUUUCUCAUGCAUCCGGGUCGGGUCCGGACCCCUGGGUAAACAAGCAUGCUGAUUUCGGGCGGGUUUUCUUGGCGGGUGAUAGUGCCGGAGCGACUAUUUCGCAUACAGUGGCUACUUGGGCGGGGGUAAAAGGACUCGAUUCGGGUGUUAAGAUUUCGGGUAUUAUUUUGGUCCAUCCGUUUUUCGGGGAUGGAAAACCCAACAAGUUGUGGGAUUUUUGUUGCUCCGACGAAACGGGUCUAGAUGACCCGAAACUGAACCCAGCUGCGAACCCGGGUUUGUUGGCAAGGCUUGGGUGUGGCAAAGGGUUGGUUUGUACGGCUGAGAAUGAUGGUUUAAGAACAAGAGGUUGGAGUUAUUACGAGGCACUAAAAAGGAGUGAGUGGAAAGGAGAGGUUGAGAUUGUGGAGACAAAGGGGAUGGGUCAUGUUUUUCAUUUGUUUGAUCCGCACUGUGAAAAAGCCGUAUCAAUGAUGAAAUUGGUAGCAUGUUUCGUGAAAGAUGACAAGGUUCAUUGAUAAUAUUGGAGCACAUGACUCAUGUUAAGUGUAAUUCAUUAGUUGGAAAUUUAUGAUGUUUUCCUUUCAGUAAUGUCUUUUAAAUUAUUAUUUGUCAUAAAUAAUUAAAAAUAUUUUGCAAGUUAGAAAUCCA